AUGGCGGUCGCAAUCCCUAGACAUCGGUGCUUGAAUGCGACUGACGAUGCUCCAACCACAACACCAAGAGUACAAGCAACGACAUUCUCAGACAAGCUCAAUACCGGACCAUCCUUCGAUGAAUUUGUAUCUGGUAAAGAACCACCCUUAAGGCUCUCGGAAGCCUAUCAACUCAAAACAGCGCUUGUAGGACCAAAAGGCAAGCAGAAGCAGAUCACAAGAUUGCCAGAAUGGCUGAAGACUCCUAUACCCGACACCUCGUCGUACAAGAAGAUAAAAAACGACUUACGAGGACUCAAUCUACACACCGUUUGCGAAGAAGCGCGAUGUCCGAACAUUUCAGACUGCUGGGGUGGAAGUAGCAAAGCCGCUGCAACUGCGACAAUCAUGCUGAUGGGCGACACAUGUACAAGAGGCUGCAGGUUUUGCAGCGUGAAGACGUCGAAAGCACCACCACCACUCGAUCCACAUGAACCAGAACAUACCGCUGAGGCACUGUCAAGAUGGGGUCUAGGCUAUGUCGUUCUUACAAGUGUGGAUCGGGACGAUCUGCCCGAUGGUGGAGCGAAUCAUGCUGCAGAAACAGUGCGGAAGAUCAAGAGCAAGGCGCCUUCGAUGCUCGUCGAGUAUUUAACAGGAGACUUUGCUGGUGAUUUAGAAAUGGUUAGAUUAGUCGCACGAAGUGGUCUAGACGUCUAUGCGCACAACGUCGAGACCACUGAAGCUUUGACGCCGCAGGUUCGAGAUCGCAGGGCAACAUUCAAGCAGAGUCUAAGUGUGCUGAAGGCUGCUAAAGAGGCCAAGGAAGGCUUGAUCACGAAGACUUCUAUUAUGCUUGGAUUAGGCGAGACUGAGGAGCAGCUUUAUGACGCUCUGCGUCGGUUAAGAGAAAUCGAUGUGGACGUGGUUACCUUUGGACAGUACAUGCGACCUACAAAGAGACAUAUGGCUGUACAUGAAUAUGUGACACCAGAUGUGUUUGAGCUAUGGAGGCAAAGGGCGCUUGACAUGGGAUUCCUAUACUGCGCUUCUGGCCCUUUAGUGAGGAGCUCGUACAAGGCUGGUGAGGCAUUUAUUGAGAAUGUGCUGAAGAAGAGGCAGGCGAGUCGUCUUGAGACCAUGACAGCGGAUAUGGCUGGCCAAAUCAAGGCUGAGACGACUGUGGUAUAA